CCACAAUGAAAGCAAAGUCUUCAUUUACUUAAUCACCCAUUGCUGCUUCUCUCCGCCUGCCCUAGUCUCUCUCAAGCUGCCCACUUUCUGAUGAUCUCAUCUCCCAUUACCAAAAGUCAUUACUUGAGCCUUUUAAUUUCUGAGACUCAAGACUUGAGCUUUCUCUUGUUUCUGAAUCUUCUCUGGGGCCUCUCCACCUGAGUAAGCAUUCAUACUCUGUUUCCUUUUUGUCUGGGCAGUUUCUCUCUCUCUCUCUCUCUCUGCCAAACUUCCUUGAUUGAAGCUUAUCAGACUUACACUUUAGUGGUUUGCUUUUGUUGCUUUCAAUUCAAUUUUGGUAAGUUAGAUCUGGGUUAGGUUGGAGUUUAAAAGACGCUUUCCAUUCAUGGCCCUCUGAAAACUGAAAUUUAACUCCUUUGCAUUUAAAUUCAUCUUGACGUUUCAUAACUCUGAUUAUUACUUGAUAGAUACCUCUCAUUCCUUCACCUGGUCUCGUUCCUUUGCAACCAACGCAUCUGUGUAAGCGUUCUUAUUGUUUCUGUAAAUAAAUCAUACAUUUUUCACUUGCCUUGUUCGCCAUCAUAGCUCCUGAAUGCUAAAGUUAUGAACUUGUUUCUGUUUUGCUUGACACCCAUGUUUUGUGCUGAAAACUAUUAACUCUCGGCUUAGAUGUUAUUUAUAUACUUGUUAAGAAGGCGUUUCUGGUUUGGUCAUUAACCUCCUUGCUACUUAAAGCUCUGUAGUCUUUAGAAGAUUGGUGGGUUUUGCUUUGAUUCAGUUUCUGAGCUGAUACAGAGGGUUUAGGUUUCUAAACCGAAAUAUUUGUUGGAUAAGGAACCAGUAAAUGAGUAUGAGGAAGUAUAUGAAUCCCCACUCAGCAAGGGUCUUUGGUGAUAGGGUUUGGGUUAUUCCAUUCUUUGCUAGCUUGAUCAUAUUCAUUACCCUCUUUUUCUCGGGCAUUUCUGGGCUGUUUACCUCCCCACAUGGUGGAGAGCAGUUGCCAUUUGACAUUAUCUCCUUCUCAAAAUCAGAUGACUCAAAUGAGUAUUUUGUUGAAUCUGAUUUGAAAAGAUCAUUGGAAACCAAUGGGCGUUCUGGGGCACCUAGAUUAGCAUAUCUUAUAUCAGGUACAAAGGGUGAUAGCCAUAGGAUGAUGAGGACUUUAAGCGCGGUAUAUCAUCCAAGAAAUCAAUAUAUCCUACAUUUGGAUCUUGAGGCUCCGCCUCGUGAAAGGUUGGAAUUGGCAAGUUCAGUGAAGGUUGAUCCUACUUUUAGUGAAGUGGAGAAUGUGCGUGUUAUGGCUCAAUCCAAUUUGGUGACGUAUAAGGGCCCUACAAUGAUUGCUUGUACCUUACAAGCCAUUUCUAUUCUGUUAAAGGAGAGCUCAGAGUGGGACUGGUUUAUAAACCUCAGUGCGUCAGAUUAUCCUCUCAUGACACAAGAUGAUUUGCUUCAUGCUUUCUCCAAUCUGUCUAGAAACCUCAACUUUAUUGAACUUAUGCAGAUUACUGGAUGGAAACUGAAUCAAAGAGCAAAACCAAUCAUAAUUGAUCCAGGCCUGUACUUAUCAAAAAAAUCUGACCUUGCAUGGACCACUCAGCGCCGAUCACUUCCUACAUCAUUCAAGUUGUUUACAGGUUCAGCUUGGGUAAUGCUAUCUCGAUCAUUUCUUGAAUAUUGUAUAUGGGGCUGGGAUAACCUACCACGUACCAUCCUUAUGUAUUACACCAAUUUUGUUUCUUCUCCAGAAGGCUAUUUUCAUACUGUUAUUUGCAACAACGAGGAAUUUCGCCAUACUGCAGUAAGCCAUGAUCUCCACUACAUUGCUUGGGAUAGCCCUCCGAAGCAGCACCCCAUCUCGUUGUCUAUGAAGGACUUUGACAAAAUGGUAAAGAGCAAUGCUCCAUUUGCUCGAAAAUUUGCAAGGGAUGACCCUGUCUUGGACAAAAUUGAUAAAGAACUUCUCGGUCGAAAAAGCCGGUUUGCGCCUGGGGCUUGGUGUAUAGGCAACCCAGAAGGUGGGGCUGACCCAUGCUCAGUGCGCGGUAAUGAUUCAGUGUUUAAGCCAGGUCCUGGUGCUGUGAGGUUCCAAGAGCUGCUUCAGACACUGUUGUCUGAAGAUUUUCAGAAAAAGCAAUGUACAUGACAGAGCAGAAGUAAGAGUUGGAAAACCCAAGUGUACAUUAAUGUAUCCAUAGAUUACAAGGCUGAUGUAAAAUGACACUGAGUUUUGUUUUAGAUAUAUUAAUAGAAUAUGCAAGCUCGCAACUUCCAUUUGGCA